GGAGGAAGAACUGGUUAGUAAUCAGUUGCAUGUUUCAUGGUUUGUACAUACUGAUUUAUUAUACAAUGAUAUAAAUAUUGACUUGAUCAAUUUAUAUAGUCUGGACGUAUGAGAGACUCUAAACUUGAUCGUGCAACGAUGUGGAUUAAGGCACGUCAGGACAAGAAUGGUGGGUUUAAAGAUCCUUUGGUAGAGGAGAAGGCCAAAAAAAUUGCUGCUUUGAAGAAAAAGGAGGUUGAGGGAGAGUUAAGCACUUCGGGUGCAAAUGAUGUGUUAACCUUAGCAUUAGGAAAUCCUGAAAAUACUGGAGUAGUAAGAGGAGUGGGAGGUAGUGUGAGGAAAUCUACAUAUUUUAACCUCCCAAAACGUCGAAAGCAAAGUGUUGAACAGACUGUUAGGUUAAGUGUUCAGAAGAUAAUGAAACAAGAAAGGGAGAAGAUAUUAGCAGAAGAACGAGCAAUUUGGGAGGAGAGAUUUAGGAGGUUAGAAGAGAAGGUUUGUGCGAGUGCUUUGCAAACUGAGUCCCCCAAAGUUUCCACCCUUGACAAGCAAGUGGGUUCUGGACAAGGAAGUUGUUCAAAUUUGCAAGAGAAGGCUGCUGUGGGAACUGAAAAACUGACUUCUACCACUGUUAAGAAGUCUUUGGAUUUAGAACAUCUUCAGGAGCCAUCAAAAGAAUCUUUGGAAUUAAAACUUCCUCUUCAGGAGCCAGUAAAAGAUGUGAAUCCCAUUAGUGGAGUGAAGUUGAAUGCUACUGCGAAAGAUGUCAAAAAUAGUCAGGUGGUUGUUGAUCUGGAAAUCCAGAAGGGUUCAAUUCAGGCACAAACAAUUGGGAAAGAGUGCCGAUUGGCUACAGGUUCAAUCGAUAAUGUUGUAGCAAUUGCAACAAUUACAGAAGUCAAUGGUGAAAACAAUAGCCAGCUUAUCCAUGGUGUUCCAUUGGGCAAGGGAAAAAGGCGUGUGUCAAUUGUCACUUCUCUAGUGGAUGAAGCUAAGCUUCCAUUUCCGAUCAAAGAUGAAAUAAUGACUGUUCGAGAUGCUAUCGGGACUUAUGUGGCCUGGCCUGAAAACCUUAUAAUUUUUCAAUGCGAGUCUAAGACGGCAGCAAAGAGUAAAGGAUUGAAGAAGAGAAAAAAUGCAGAUGAAGAUGAUGAUGAAGAGGAAGAUAUAGACACUGCAUCACUGCCACCAACUACUCCUGCAUCUCUUAUUGCGGUAUGCAAUUGGGCCAAAAAAGAAUGAGAAAUGCGCAAACAAUUAUCUGCGAGUUCGAUGAAAAGAUUUUCAGACAUCCAUCCAAAACUUUUAUCUGCAAACAUGAUAUUAAUAACUUUGUUACCAUGAAGGAAGUAUCGGGUAGCUGCAUAGGCAUCUAUAUUCGCUACCUAUAUUGUGUGUUGAAAAAAAACAAAAAUGGUAGAUAUGGUUGGAUUUAUGGACAAUACAGAUGUUGGUGCCAUUGGGUGUGGCAGUCCAAUUGAGCGUUCCCGUGCUCUCGCCGAUAGGCUAAAACGAACAAAGCGUGGUCAGAUUAUUUUGGUGCCAUAUAACUCUGGAUGUCAUUGGAUGCUGACUGUACUCAGUCCUGAAGAAGACAUUGUCUACUUCAUGGAUCCAUUAAAGAGGAGACUCUGCACAGGAGAGUGGAAGAAUAUUGUUGAUAAUGGCAUCAAAAUACAUAAUGCUCAACUCAAGAGGCAAGGCAGAAAGGCAACUACUUGGAAAAACUGUGCGGGUAUUCCGGAGCAAAAGACGGACAAAGACUGUGGAUAUUAUGUAAUGAGAUAUAUGAAGAAAAUAGUGGAAGAUAAGAGCUUAGAUUUUUUCACCAAGACUAAAACUAGUUGAGGUUGCUUGGAAUAUAGUUACUGAAAUUUUGGUUGCUGUUGUGUUUCAUGUGUUUGGGUGAAUAUGACUUUUGGUUGGUGUUGGUUGCUUGGAUUAUGUCAAGGUUGUCCAGAAUGCUUGAAAUUUUGGUUGCUGUUGUUUUACAUGUCUUUUGUUGAACAAUGACAUGUAUAUGUAAUUUUUUGGUUAAUGUCGAUUGCUUGGAUAUGUCAGGAAAGUCCAAAAUCCCUUAAAUU